AUGGCAGAAGAACUCAAGGCACUUACUUCCUCUUAUAUGUGGGAUAUGGUUGAUUUACCCUCAAACAAGUCUAUGGUUGCCAUUGCCACUGUGAAGCGUCAGACUUUAUUUCAAAUGGAUGUCAAAAUUGCCUUCUUGAAUGGAGAUCUUACUAAGGAAGUAUCCAUGCAACCUCCUCCCGGCUAUGAUCAUCCACCAAACAAAGUAUGUAUUCUUCGCAAGGCCUUGUAUGGGCUGAAACAGUCUCCUCGUGCUUGGUUUGUGAAAUUUAGUUCCACCAUUUGUCGGCAUGGUUUUCAAUCCAGUCCUCAUGAUCAUGCCUUAUUUCUUCGCACAACUAAGAAUGGUACUAUAUUGUUGCUCCUAUAUGUUGAUGACAUGAUUGUUACUAGUGAUGAGACACAGGGUAUUCAAGAUCUCAAGAACUUUCUCAGUCGUCAAUUUGAAAUGAAAGAUCUUGGUUGCUUGAGCUAUUUUUUAGGUCUUGAGGUUACUUUUGAUUCUACUGGUUAUUAUCUCUCUCAAGCUAAGUAUGCUACAGAUCUUAUAUCCCUUGCUGAACUUACUGAUGAUAAGAUUGCCAACACUCCUAUUGAGACUAAUGCUCAUUUCUCUGCUUCAGAUGGAUCUACUCUUCUCGAUUGUACUUUGUACCGCCAACUUGUUGCCAGUCUUAUUUAUCUUACUGUCACUCGGCCUGAUAUUUCUUAUGCUGUCCAUAUUGUUAAUCAGUUCAUAGCAGCUCCUCAUACCACACAUUAUGCAGUAGUUCUUUGUAUUCUCUGCUACAUUAAAGGGACUCUAUUUCAUGGACUUCAUUAUUCCAGUUUAUCCUCUCUUCAAUUGCAAGGGUAUUCAUAUGCUGAUUGGGCAGGUGAUCCCACUGAUCGACGAUCUACUACUGGUUAUUGUUUCUUCCUUGGCGAUUCAAUAAUUUCUUGGCGUUGUAAAAAGCAAACUGUUGUCUCUCGCUCCAGUACCGAAGCAAAGUAUCGAGCCUUUGCAAAUACGACUUCCGAGCUUCUAUGGCUCCGUUGGUUACUUCAAAGUAUGGGAAUUUCUUCUCCAUCUGCUACUCUUUUGCACUGUGAUAAUCGAAAUGCUAUGCAGAUUGCGCAUAAUAAUAUAUUUCACGAACGGACAAAGCACAUCGAGAUUGAUUGCCACUUUGUACGUCAUCAUGUUCAAAAUCACACAAUUGAGCUUGUUCCAUGUCCUCUCAAAAUCAGGCUGCUGAUAUAUUCACUAAGGCGCAUUCUGCUCCUCGGUUUCGCGAUCUUAUUUCCAAACUCAAGCUUUUUGAUUCUCAUCCAUCUUGAGUUUGAGGAGGGAUGA